UCCCAGUAAAACUCAAUUCAAACUUUUUACUGAGAUUUGUUUCCACAAUGAGCUGUGGAAACCGUCUGCGGGGACCGUGAACCACCUCGGCAGACGUUGAAUUUCGCAUGCCGCUGUCAGUUUGUCUUCGCCCGUCGAGCCGUUUCUCCUGGAGCCCCUCCACCGACUCUGUGGCCCGUGAAGAGGACCGUUGGCCGCCGGUGUGGAGCGGACGUUGACGCCGUGUGAAUGUCCAACUGUGAGCCAUCAUGUCAGGUUUAACAGUACAGAGCGGCUCUCUGCAGGGUCUGGAUGAGGGUGACAUUCUUGACCCGGAAUUUCAGCAGCGUUUGGAAGAUGCCCGUACGCUGCUCAGGCAGGAGAUCCAGCGAGAACUGAAAAUAAAGGAAGCUGCCGAGAGGCUGCGGCGGGCGGUCACCAAUCGUAAGAGUGCAGCUGAUGUGGAGGGCCAGCUGAAGGCCUCAAACCGCAAGCUGGAGAAGCUGCACUGGGAACUGCAGGAGCUCAACGCUAGGUCUAUGGCCACCGAGAAGGACAAUGUGACAACAGGCGGCUCGGUUGAAGUAGACAGUAAGUCACCAGAGUUGUGUCAGUGGGACGACGUCUCAUCACCUCUGGCCAAUAGAGUCAGGACCCUGAAGAAACAGCUAACCAUGGAGAGUAAAGUCAAACAGGGAGCAGAGAACAUCAUCCAUACUUACACCAACGGCUCAGUCAAGGACAGAAAAAUGCUGUCCACCUCAGCAAUGUUGCAGGACAGCCGCACUAAGAUUGAACUGCUGCGCAUGCAGAUUAUCAAAAUCAAUCAAGCCAAAGACGGCUUGACUUUCCCCUUGUGCUUACAGGUCAACCCUGUGGACAUGAUCAGUCCUUUGGAGGUGCGAGUCGCUGAACUUUUGCACCGUAUGAGGAUUGAAUCAGCUGUGGUAGAGGGAGCAAAAAAUGUGGUAAAGCUGAGUGGACGGAAGAACCAGGACCGACGCAUACUGGCAGAGGCUCAGGCUCGAAUGCAGGAAUCAUCUCAGAAGGUGGACUUGUUGCGUCUCUCUCUAGAGAGACGGUUAAAGGAAUUACCUCCGGAACAUCCACAAUAUGCCGCCAUCAAGGAGGAACUAAUGACAGGAACCUCCCCAUCCUAUGGCACACAAAGAAGCAAUCCAUACUCCACCCCAUCCUGCUGUCCUCUUUCUUCAAACCAGCCAGUCCUAACAGGUCGAUUAGAGGUAUGCUUGAUGGGCUGCCAGGAGCUGCUGGACUCGGUUCCGGGUCGUGGUCGUGUCACCAAUGUUUCAGCCACACCUGGAAGUAUCUCAGAUGGAAAAUCACUGAAGAUGAGAAAGACUACAAAGGCUGAUGAGUUAUCCUCGGAGAUAAGCGCCAUGCUGAAGGUGGACAACAGGAUAGUGAGCCGUACACACUGGAGACAGCUGGGCAAAGAGGCCUGGGGCCAGAGCUUCAGCAUUGAGUUGGAAAGGUCCAGGGAGUUGGAAAUCGCUGUGUACUGGAGAGACUGGCGUGCACUGAGUGGAGUGAAGUUCCUGCGGUUGGAGGACUUCCUGGAUAACCAGCGACAUGGCAUGUGUCUGCAGCUGGAACCUCAGGGCAUCCUCUUCAUUGAGGUGACAUUUAUAAAUCCAGUUAUUGAACGGCGCUCCAAAUUACAAAGGCAGAGGAGGAUAUUCCCCAAAGAAAAAGGGAAGAACUUCUUGCGUGCUGCACAGAUGAAUAUGAACUUUGCCACAUGGGGCCGUUUGAUGAUGAGCAUCCUGCCUCCUCCGUGCAGCUCCCUGGAGGCCAUGAGUCCCCCAUUAGCUGGCACUAACACUGCCCUCGCAUCAUCUACGAGUUCUCCUGCCCAGAUAAACAAUCGGCAGGUCUCCGCAUCGCACAAGAAGAACAUGAAAGACUCUCCUCUGUCUCCUGGUGAGAACAAGAGUCCAAAGCCCAAACGACAACCCUCCAUUCAGUCACUGUCAAGUAACAAAAUGGACUACAAAUGGACGAUUUUAACUGUAUUUCAGUUUCUAGGACGAGGACAUUUCGGAAAGGUGCUGCUGGCUGAGUAUAAGAAGUCUGGCAAACUAUAUGCAGUUAAAGCCCUGAAGAAAGGAGACAUUGUGACACGUGAUGAAGUUGACAGCCUCAUGUGUGAAAAGAGGAUCUUUGAAGUGAUAAACGCCUCACAGCAUCCUUUCCUGGUGAAUCUGCAUGGCUGCUUCCAGACUGCAGACCACGUGUGCUUUGUGAUAGCCUACUCACCUGGAGGAGAUCUCAUGACACACAUUCACACCAACAUCUUCACUGAGAAACAGACUCGGUUUUAUUCAUCAUGUGUGCUCCUGGGCUUGGAGUUUCUCCACCAAAACAAAAUUGUUUACAGGGAUCUAAAGCUGGAUCUGCUAAUGGAUGCUGAUGGGUUUAUCAGGAUAGCGGACUUUGGCUUGUGCAAAGAAGGAAUGGACCACGGGGAUCGCACUUCAACAUUCUGCGGCACGCCAGAGUUUUUGGCCCCAGAGGUCCUGACAGACAACAACUACACCCGCAGUGUGGACUGGUGGGGGCUGGGGGUCCUCAUCUAUGAGAUGCUUGUGGGAGAGUCACCCUUUCCAGGUGAUGAUGAAGAGGAAGUGUUUGACAGCAUCGUCAAUGAUGACGUGCAAUUCCCCCGCUUCCUUUCUCCUGAUUCUGUGUCCCUUAUCCAAAAGCUGCUACAGAAAAAUCCUGACAUGAGGCUUGGAGCAGGAGAAGAGGAUGCAUUGGAGAUCAAAAGACACAAAUUCUUCCAGGGAGUCGACUGGGAUGCACUCUUGGCCAAGAAGGUGAAGCCGCCCUUCCUGCCCGUCAUCAGAGCAGCGCAUGAUGUCAGUAAUUUUGAUGAGGAGUUCACUUCUCUCAAACCAGUGCUCACCCUCCCUCGAACACCAUGUGUACUCACUGCCGAACAACAAGAAAUCUUUGCUGACUUUGACUACUGUUUCAUGAGGUGAAAGCAUUCACACUCGAUGUAGCUAUAGUUUUAUUUGCCAUAAGCUCUUCACGUCCAACUGAAAGUGAAAAACAACAGUCUUGCCUUUUCCAUGUCUACACAGUCUGACAUUUCCACAUUUAACUGCUCUGGGUCUUUAUGAAGCAUUUUAAAUUUUUCCAUCCCUGCCUGUUAUCUCUAGGACAUGCAGUUAAAGUCUGUAUGAUCCUUGUCAUGAGUGCAAUAUUUUCUACUGCUUUUUUUUUUUUUUUUUUACACUAAUUGACAUUGUGUAAGUGAUGUUCAAAACAUGAGCGCUGCCCUUGUUCAUCUGAAGUCAUCAUUGCCUUAUAGGCCACACAUAAGUGAACUUCUCCUUUCAUUUGAAGUACUUUGCUGUAAAUAUUUGUGAUCUUACUGAAAUCAACUGAAGGCUCAGAAUUGAAUGUCAUCGAAAUCUUGUAUGCUCACCUGAAGUUUACCUCUUAAACUCUAUUGGGCUGUAAUAUAAUGAAAAUAGGCAAGUCAAUGUCUUCUAUGGAUGUUUAGCACUCUAUCCUACUUAAUAUGAAUUUUUAAAUGAAUUUCUCAUCAAGAUUAUGCUUCGAUAGAAAAACCAGCCUAUAUUUAAAGUGUAAACUACUUGAAGGAAAUAUGAGUGAAUAAAUGUAUAUCUGCUGGAAUAAGAAUGACCAAGAAAGUCUUCCUGAAACAUGGAUUUAUUGAUGGUAUACAGUAUGUUCAAAGUAGUAAAAAACAUUGCAUGACAAUAUUGCAUAUAACUUCCAAAGUACAUGUUAUGAAUUAAAUGUUAAUUCAUACAAACUCACUAACAAACAUAAGGAAGUUUGUUUUUCAACACUGCUGUUGUACAGUAGAUUCGACAACACAUUUAUUGCUCUCUUACAGGGUUACUAUUGCACAAGGAGAAGCGGAAAUGGGAAUACCAAAUGAUGUAUUGCAUUCAAAGAUCUAGACUUCUAUUCACAGUUACUGCUCCACAGUAUUCUUUGUUCAAACAUCAUACAAAAAUCUCAAGCUGUUUUAAAAGACUUUAAAAAGUAUAUACAAUACAAAAUAGUUUGAAAUGCUGUCCAUUAAAAGUCAAAGCAUCCUGUUGAUGAUGGUUGGAGUAAAUGACCAUAACACAGUAUAAUUUAUUCACAUCAAAUUCCAAUUAAAUUCAGCUCAUGUUUUCAAAUUAAUGUAAUUUCUCACAGCUUUUUUUUAAGGCCGUGGAAGUGAUUGGACCCUGUAAAACCUGUGCAGAAGACUCAGCAUUACAGCAAUUGUCACACAAAAACAAUAAUUUUACACUAAAUGACAAAAUUUGAAUAUUUAUCCAAGUUGU